AUGUGUGACAGUGGUGUUGUUAUCAGCGGCGGUAAGAUGGCGGCGCUCGGGGAUGCAUCAACUCCGGGGCUGAAUGGGUUAAUACAACAAUUUACAGCCAUUACUGGUGCUACCGAGAGUGUUGGGAAGCACAUGCUGGAGGCCUGUAACAAUAACCUAGAGAUGGCAGUGACCAUGUUCCUGGAUGGAGGGGGGAUCGCGGAGGAGCCCAGCACCAGUUCCAGUGCCGCAGUGGCAUCCAGCAGCAGAGCCCCCCCUGCAGAGGAUGAAGUGCGGGCACCAAUUCCUCAGAAGCAGGAAAUUUUGGUGGAACCUGAGCCACUGUUUGGAGUUCCUAAAAGACGAAGACCUACAAGAUCCAUAUUUGAUGGCUUUCGGGAUUUUCAGACGGAAACAAUCCGGCAGGAGCAGGAGCUACGGAAUGGCAGUGCUGUUGACAAGAAGCUGAGCACGUUGGCAGACCUCUUCAGACCUCCAAUAGACCUCAUGCACAAAGGCAGUUUUGAAACGGCAAAAGAAUGUGGACAGCUGGAAAACAAGUGGCUUAUGAUAAACAUCCAGAACGUGCAGGACUUCGCAUGCCAGUGUCUAAACAGGGAUGUAUGGAGCAAUGAAGCUGUCAAAACCAUCAUCCGUGAGCACUUCAUCUUCUGGCAGGUAUAUCAUGACAGUGAGGAGGGACAGAGAUAUAUUCAGUUCUACAAGCUAAAUGAUUUCCCAUACAUCUCUAUUUUGGACCCCAGAACAGGUCAGAAGCUGGUGGAAUGGCACCAGCUGGAUGUGACCUCCUUCCUGGAGCAAGUGACCAGCUUCCUGUCAGAGCAUGGCCAGCUUGAUGGCCUUUCCAGCCAGCCGCCCAAGAAACGUGUGCGCUCUGAAAGCCUGAUCGACGCCAGCGAGGACAGCCAGCUGGAAGCGGCCAUUCGGGCUUCCCUUCGAGAGACUCACUACGAGUCCUGCCAGCCCCGGGCCGACUCGCGCUCCGAGGACGAGUCGGAGGCCGAGCCCUUCUCCGACAGCGAGGGGCUCAUCUCUGUGGACGGCUCUGACGAAGAGGACGGCGGGACAGGGGGAACCGCGGACCAACCCGUGCCCCAGAGCCACCCCCGCUCCCCUGCCCAGUCCCAGCAGCCUUGUCCCAGUCCCCCCAGGGUCAGGAAGUCCCCCCACAAGGAGUCCAGCCACCGAAAGGAGGAGAGCAAAAAGAACCACCUGGAGCCCCCGGCCAAGUCAGAACCAGCUGCAGGAGAACCCGACAUAGGGACGAACCACCGGACCGAGUCACCGCAGAGCUCGGGUUCGAGAGGAGUGGAAAUGCACACGGGGGAGACAAGCUGCCCAGAGGUGCUGAAUGAUAACGGGCCAAAGGCAAGGUUGAUGCUGCGUUAUCCAGAUGGACAGAGAGAACAGAUAUCACUGCCUACUCAAGCCACACUUAUGGCGCUCGUGAGGCACGUACAGUCCAAGGGGUAUCCAAACGAACGCUUUGAGCUUGUAACCAAUUUUCCCAGACGGAAACUCUCUCACUUGGACUAUGACAUCACUCUGCAGGACGCAGGCCUUUGCCCCCAAGAAACUGUGUUUGUGCAGGAAAGGAAUUAACAAUGGACCUGUUUGAACCAGUGCAACUGCCCUCCCUGCCCGACUCUUCUGCCCAAACGUUCUGAAAGGCCACAGGAUCCAGGGGGAGCAUGGAGGAAGCACUCGUGUGCAGGAAGACGUUCCACUGCCCACAGCAGCCCAACAUUCUCCUCCUUCCACACGCAGCUUUGUCGUUCUGGAAGAACAAUAAAGAGAGCCCAAGGUUUGCAGCCCUGUUGCUAACUUGCAUUCUUAUCAGUGUGCAAGCAUACGUUUUCUGUUUUCUUUCCCCCAAUAUUUGUCCCCUCCUCACAGUGCUUUGAAUUUCCGAGAUUGACCGGCUAAAUGUGUUGUUCUGCGCAACAGAAAUGUGCACAGUGCAAAUUUUGAAUAGGCUGCUUAGAGGAAGGUUGGGGGUAAGCAUUUUGUUCUUUUUGAACCCGUGUUUACAAAAAUAAGCCUGGCAAGUAGAAAUGUCAAAUCAAAGGGAAUUUUUAUUACUGUAUUAACUACCUAUCGGAAAUCUGUAGAAUGAACUGUCGUUUAUCUUGGUUGUAUUGUAUACUGUGCAGUAUUACUUUGCAUACAGAACCAUUUACUUGUAACUUGUCCCAUUGGAAAUCAUGGUAGUCCUAUUAUAUUUAAAGUGUCAAAGCGAUCUGAUGAAUAGGAGAAUCAAGUAAAAGGUUGGUGCCUGCAACAGUCA